UGGAAAGCCCGGACAUAAAUGAUUACCGGGUGACGGCAAUUUGCAUGUCUGUUAGAAACCAGCUGUACAGCAUCCAUACAAAACAAAUGUUCGUUGCUAAUAAUUAAUAUAAUAAUACGCUGACCAGGAAAAGCAUCGUACGGAAAAUGAUUUGCGCUUCCUGGACUGACCUCUAGGUGGAAGUAGCGGAUAAGUGAAAGUGAGUAACUGAACCGGGAGAGCAUAUUCAUAUUUAUAAAUUGUACGACAGGAAAAGCUGAUGGUUGGUUGUCAGGGAGCUGGUCAGUGUGGAGCGCUGUGUCAUGAAGUCGGGGGCCAGCUCCAUGUGGGCUUCUUGCUGUGGCUUGCUGAAUGAAGUCAUGGGUACUGGAGCAGUGCGAGGUCAACAGACAGGUUUCGCAGGAGGAACUGGCCCUUUUCGAUUUGCAUCAAAUACUGAUUUUUCUCCAUAUCCUGCCUCGUCUUCUAGCAACAUUGUGUGUAAAGCCUGUGGGCUAGCAUUUUCUGUCUUCAGGAAGAAGCAUGUGUGCUGUGAUUGCAAGAAGGAUUUCUGCUCUGUGUGCUCUACACCUCAGGAGAACUUAAGACGUUGCAGUACCUGCCAUUUGCUACAGGAGACAGACUUUCAAAGGCCUCGGCUUAUGAAGCUUAAAGUAAAGGAUCUGCGGCAGUAUCUAUCCCUUAGAAACAUCCCAACUGUCAGUUGCAGAGAAAAGGAAGAUUUAGUAGAUAUGGUACUGUGCCAUCAUGGCCCCUGUCCAACAGAAGACAUGGACAUUAGUAUGGACAGCUCUGCAAGAUCUCAGUCCUCUAGCUUCUUACCACAUUCAAUUUUCUCUUCACCUCCUGUGCCUUCACCAUCUGUGUCCUCAUCUGAGGGAGAACUAUCUGAAAGAAGUGGUAGCACAGCCACAUCCCAGGGUACAACUGAAGCAAUCUCAGCAUCUGAUACAGAACCCCAAGAACCACAGACAGCUGAACUGUCUCGAAAGCGAGCAAGAGUGUCCCUGUCAGAUCUUUCAGUGCUGGAGGAUAUUGAUGCGCUCACAAUCCGACAGCUAAAGGAAAUCCUAGCUCGGAAUUUUGUCAACUACUCAGGAUGCUGUGAGAAAUGGGAACUGGUAGAAAAAGUCAGUCGCUUAUACAGAGAGAAUGAAGAGAACAGAAAAGCUUUGCAGAAUUCAGAAAGUAAAGCAGAUCCAGAGAAAGUACGGCGCUCAUUGACUGGUAGUGAGGACAACCUCUGCAGAAUUUGCAUGGAUGCAGUUAUCGACUGUGUGCUCCUGGAGUGUGGUCACAUGGUGACGUGCACUAAAUGCGGGAAGAGAAUGAGCGAGUGUCCAAUCUGCCGCCAGUAUGUGGUGCGCGCUGUCCAUGUAUUUAAAUCUUAAAGGGGUUGUUCACCUUCCAAACACUUUUUUCAAUUCAGUUGUUUUUAGAUUGUUCCCCAGAAAUAAACUUUUUUCAUAUACUUUC